AUGGCCUGCUGUUCCACUAGCUUCUGUGGAUUUCCCACCUGUUCCACUGGUGGGACCUGUGGCUCCAGCUGCUGCCAGUCAACCUGCAGCCAGACCAGCUGCGGCCAGACCAGUGGCUGUAAGACCUGCUGUGGCACUGAUGGUAGCAUCUGGGGCCAGAAGGGAGGCAGUGGAGCUGUGAGCUGCCGCACCAGGUGGUGCCGCCCUGACUGCCGCGUGGAGGGCACCAGCCUGCCCCCCUGCUGCGUGGUGAGCUGCACCCCCCCAUCCUGCUGCCAGCUGCACCUUGCCCAGGCCUCCUGCUGCCGCCCAUCCUACUGUGGACAGUCCUGCUGUUGCCCAGCCUGCUGCCAGCCCACCUGCUGUGAGCCCACCUGCUGUGAGCCUCCCUGCUGCGAGCCAACCUGCUGA